AUGGCAGCUUCAAACCCCCCAUUUGCUCUCCAGUCUCUACUGGAAAAGAUGUCCUCUCCAGAUUCGGACUAUCGUUUUAUGUCUUUAAACGACUUACUUUCCAUCUUGACCAGCCCCAACGGCAGCUUGGCUCAAGCUGAUACCGCUUUGGCCGGGAGAGUUAUCGACGGCGUCGUAAAAUCUCUCGAUGACGCAAACGGAGAGGUCCAGAAUCUGGCUGUCAAGUGUCUCGGACCACUAGUUCUCAAGAUUCGAGAUUCGCAGAUCGCUCCUCUAAUUGAUCGUCUUACCACGCUCUCUAUGUCAUCUUCCGACCCCUCAAUUCCUUCUACAGCUCUCCGUACUAUAAUAUCCAGUCUUCCUCGCCCAGCAACCAACAACACCCUUCAGGCCGGCACUGGAUCGGCCCAAAAGCAAGAUCCAGUACAGCAGACCAUUGUAGCCUCUGUUAACGCCGUUCAGAAGACUUUACUCCCAAAGCUACUGAUCUUGCUUAAACCUGGCAAUGAAGUUGUCAAGGCUGGUGGCGCAACCCUCGAUAGUAUAGAUCUGCUCAUCGAGACCCUGCGUUGCUUCGGUCCAAUCCUUACCGGUGCUGAAGUCGAGAGACUACAAGUUGCUGUUAUGAACCUUCUUGAAAGCGAUCGGACUACAGGGGUAGUCAAGAAAAGGGCUGUCAUUGCGUUGAGCUUACUUUGCUUGUACUCCCCGGAUGAGCUUUUGUCUAGUUUCAUAAAUCACCUCAUUGAGUCCUUCCGGGCACAAGAUAAGCACCGUAAUCCUACUCGUCUUCGCCUGCUUGUUUCUGUAACGGGUGCCCUUGCUCGAGGCAUUCCGGCCCGGUUCGGGCCAUACCUGAAAAUUCUGUGUCCAUUCAUACUUUCGGUCGUGGACGGAAGAGACAUCCAGGACCGGGAACUUGGCGACGAGCCAGAAAUGGAAAUGGAUGAAGUUCGCGAAGCUGCCCUUGUGAGCUUAGAGAGCUUCCAGAGUUUCUGUACCAGCGAAAUGAUUAGGUUUACAGAUGAUGUACUGAAUGCUGGAAUGAUCUACCUAAAGUACGACCCAAAUUAUGCCGAUCCUGGUGACGAGGAAGGUGAUGAGGAAAUGGGAGGAACUCAACAAGAGGGAGAAGACGAUGAGGAUGACGAGUUCGGCGGAAGCGAUGACGAAGGAGCGUUCGAAGACGACGGAGAUUUUUCGGAUGAGGAUGAUAUCAGCUGGAAAGUCAGACGCUGUGCAGCGAAACUACUGUCAACUGUUAUAUCUACACGUGCAGCAGAUUUGAUUAAAGGAAAGGGGGAGGGAGGUGGAAAGGCUUAUACAGAUGUUGCACCACUGCUUGUCAAGCGAUUCCAUGAACGCGAAGAAAAUGUGCGUUUGGAGGUACUAGCAACCGCUACUGUUUUGGUGAGAAAGACUGGGGAGGUUGCUGAGGGGACAUUUGUUCCUUCCUCUGCUUCUGUAACAACAAAUGUUCCCGGUGAUAUGGCUAUGGGACCGCCCCCUAAAAGAAGGCGGGGCUCUGAUGCCUCCAUGCUUGAUGGUGCGAGUCAGUUGCAAGUGCCGGUUCCCAGUGCGGAUGAAGCUGGUGUGAAGGAGAGUCUACAAGCACUCAUCCCUGAGCUCAGCAAAUCACUCAGCAAGCUGUUUAAGGCGAAGACCACAACGCUGCCAACUAAACAAGCAAGCAUCACCCUACUAUCAUCAAUUGUCUCGAUUCUCCACGGCGGACUUGAUGGGGUCCUCGGGUUCUUCAUCGAACCGCUUGUGGAAGCCGUUAGGGGUGGGAGCACUCUGUCUUCUACAGGUAAUGUUGUUGCGGCCACUGCAGGAGCUGGAAGUGCUGCAACCGCUACUGGAUCUUCAUUAAGAGUUGAGGUUCUGAAGCUGGUUGGCAAGAUUUGCGAGAACCACUCGGCUACUGUGGUUGGAGAGUUUUUUGACUCACUUAUCCCUGCCAUAAUUGUAGCAGUCAAAGAAUCUGCAUACAAGAUCUCUUCUGAAGCUCUUGGCACAAUUGUCGCGAUCGUUAAACUCCUUACUACCCAAGGAGCGCAGAGUUAUGCCCUAUACCUUCAAGGUCUGUAUGAUGUUGUUCUUGAGAAAGUUCAAAGCAGCGAGUCGGAUUUAGAGGUCAGGGAGAAGGCCAUUGUUGCUCUUGGGGUCGUACUGGCCCGGACCUCUGGCGAGGUAGAGCUUAUCGGGCAAGACCGAAGGACUAGAGCCUUAGAUCUGCUCGUGGAAAGAUUGAGAAACGAAACCACUCGCGUCACUGCAGUAAGAGCUAUUGAGGGUAUUGCAAGAAAUACCAAGACUGCAGAAGACGUCAACGAUGAAUGGGUCAAGAUUGUGGUUGUCGAGUGCGGUGCUCAAUUGAGAAAGUCCAAUCGAUCACUUCGUGGGGCCAGCCUAGACGCCUUGAAGAGCAUUGCUGCAAAUGAAAUCUGUAGACGAAAGUUGGACUCUACAAGUAAGAAAGAGCUGAUUGAUGUUCUCACGCCUCUUUUGGUGGUCGGAGAUAUGCACCUACUUGCUCCAGCGCUCGCAAUCAUUAAGUUGAUGAUGCUUGAUGGUGGAGUUUUUGUUUCUCAAGGAAUAAUUGAUGGUAUCAGCGGAUUGGCCAAGAGUUCUCUUGGUUCCGGUCUUGUGGUGGAGAACUUACUAUUACUCAUCAAGACAAUUGGAGAGGUCGAUGAUGAAGGGAAGAAGAGAGUGAUGAACUCUCUGUUGAGAGAUGUUGGUGUCAACGGGGACACUGGAGUUGUCGCUAGGCUGGUAGCACAAUUACAUGUUAGUGGCGGGGGUAAGGAAGGGGGAUUUGCUGUUGGCGUUGGUGACUUUGUUGGUGAAGUCGAGAGCAGCUCUGAUGAUAAGAGGAAAUGCUUGGGUCUUAUGGUUCUUGGUGAAAUCGGAUUGAGGAUGGGAGCAUCAUUCCCAGUUGGUCCAGAGGUUUUCUUGAAUCAAUUCCAUGCAAAGAGUGAUGAUGUUCCGAUUGCUGCAGCAGUGGCUUUGGGACUAGCUGCUGCGGGCAAUGUCAGUGGAUAUUUGCCUGUUAUCAUGCAGAGACUUGGUGGUGGCGAUAAGGAUCAAUACUUGCUCUUGCACUCGCUGAAAGAGAUCAUCCAACACUCAAAUGAUACUACCGCGGACAUCAAGCCCUAUGCCGAUCAGAUCUGGAAUGCCCUCUUUGCGAUCGCAAAGAAUGAUGAUAGCAAGGCUGUCGGUGCAGAAUGUGUCGGAAGACUUACGAUCAUUGAUCCGUACAGCUUCUUGCCGGAGCUCCAGAAACAUCUCCAGUCACCGUUCCCUGCUAUACGUGGUAUGGUCAUUUCCGCGCUGAGAUACACUUUUACGGAUACCGAGGCCUCUUACGAUGACCUCUUGAGGCCGAUUGUCGUCGAAUUCUUGACUGUCAUGGUCGACGACAAGGAGAUGGAGAAUAGAAGGCUAGCGCUGACAGCACUGAAUUCGGCCGCUCAUAACAAGCCCCAUCUUAUCAUGCCCCAUUUGGAGAGACUUCUGCCACUGGUGUAUAGGGAGAGUUUUAUUAAGCCAGAGUUGGUCAGAGAAGUGAUGAUGGGACCAUUCAAGCACAAGGUAGACGAUGGAUUGGAAGUUAGGAAGAGCGCUUACGAAACCCUCUACGCCCUCCUUGAAACCUCCUUUUCUGGUAUCGACGUUCGAACAUACUUUGACCGCGUCAUCGUUGGGCUCCAAGACGAACAUGACAUUCGUGCGCUCUGUAACCUCAUGUUGACCAAACUAAUUCAUCUCGCCCGCGAAGAGACGCUGUGCAGAUUGGACAGCAUCUCUGAUUGCUUCCGAACCACCCUCUCGACAAAGCCAAAGGAAAAUGCGGUCAAGCAAGAGAUCGAGAAACACCACGAGAGUAUCAGGAGCACUAUGAGAGCGACCUUGACGUUGAACGGCGAGUUUGGAGGCAGCGGUGGGCAGAAGAAGUGGGCGGCUUACUGGGAGUGGGCUAAGACGGCGUUUAUUGACGAAUUGCAGGCAUUGGAGGCUGAGGAUAGAGACCUUUAA